UUACGUACGAAACUAAGCAUUUGGUAGGCGAGCUGAGUACAGUUUUGUGUUGAGGCAGAAAUUAAGGUUGUUUAUUAUCAGCGAAUCAGAGAAGAACUAAAUGACCUUGAAAUUAUCAUAUAUGGGUUAGACACAGGUUUUGAAGUUCAUUUUUAGUUAUUUUGACGUUGUGAAAAGUUGUUGACAAUUUUAUCAGCCUAGGCCAAGAUUUACUAAUCACUGAUAAGCCAAAUGUUUUCUGACGCUACCUACGCCGAUGUUGUAAUAGUGGACGAGAGGCUAUAGUACAAAUAUUUUUUCGGUCGUCUUGGAGUGAAUGGUUUGAAAAGGAAAUUUGCAAAGAUGAUGAAAAAUCUGACAGCCCAAGAAUGUAAAGACACAGAUUGUGGAUACCCAGCAUGUAAUGAAACAUAUUGGUAUGUUUUCCUCUGUUCGAGUCUGAUAACAUUCAUAGGGGGUAUCAUUGUCAUUGCUGUUGUUCAGUUUGUGGCUCAGAGAAUAGCAAAUCGACAGGAGGAGGCAGCUGAUGGAGCUAGGAACGUGAAAGGAGUUAUGGUGACAGACCCCAAAACCGCAACAUCUGAGGAAUCUAUCAAUUGGGGAACGGAAGUAAAAGAUUGGGCAGCUGGCCUUAUAUCAGCUCAGACAACCAUUGGCAAAGUUUUGGUUGUGGCAUACUUCCUGAUGAGUAUGGGGUCAUAUGUGUUCUACUUGAUUGAUUCCUACAAACCAGUAGAAUGGUGCUUUGUACUGAAAACUGACCACUAUUUCCAAACUGAUCUUUCCUUCAACAUCUUCUUUUUGCUCUAUUUUAUUCUGAGAUUCAUAGCCAACCAGGAAAAGUUAGGAUGCUGGGUAUCCAUGGCAUCCAUUGUGGACUUCUUUACCAUUCCACCAAUAUUUGUGUCGAUCUAUCUUGGACGUACAUGGAUAGGGCUCAGAUUCUUGAGGGCCCUUCGACUCAUGCAACUGUCUGAAGUUUUACAGUUUCUGAGAGUUCUGAAAACUAGCAAUGCUAUCAAAGUGACUAAUAUGUUGACCGUCUUCUUAACGGUCAUGCUUACUGCAGCUGGAGUCAUACACUUGGUGGAAAACUCUGGUGAUCCAUGGGAAGACUUCAGUAACACUCAAGAUCUUGGUUAUUUUACCUGUCUGUAUGUUGUCGUAGUAACCAUGUCUACAGUUGGUUAUGGUGAUAUUUAUGCACAAACAACAUGUGGAAGAGUCUUCAUGACUUUCUUCAUCUUCGGCGGCCUAGCCAUCUUUGCAAGUUACACACCGGAAAUCAUUGAAAUCAUUAGUAGUCGAAAUAUUUAUGGAGGAGUAUAUACCAAGGAAGGAGGAAAAAAGCAUAUCGUUGUAUGUGGACACAUCACUUACGACAGCGUCUCCAAUUUCUUGAAAGAUUUUCUUCAUAAAGAUCGAGAAGACGUAAACGUAGAAAUUGUGAUUUUCCAUACUGUUGAGCCAGAUCUUGAACUUCAAGCAUUGUUCAAACGUUACUUUACACAACUAGAGUUCUUUAAGGGGUCCGUGCUAAACAGCAUAGACUUGGAAAGAAUAAAGCUUGCUGAGGCUGAUGCGUGCAUCAUUCUCUGCGAUAAGUACUGCACGGACUCGGACGCAGAAGAUGCGGCAAACAUUAUGCGCGUCAUCUCAAUUAAAAAUUGCUGUGCAAGGAUCAGGGUUAUUGUUCAACUAAUGCAGUACCACAACAAGGCCUUUCUUCUGAACAUCCCUAGCUGGAAUUGGCAACAAGGGGAUGAUGUAAUAUGUGUUGCUGAGCUAAAACUUGGCUUCAUCGCACAGAGUUGCCUAGCUCCUGGCUUUUCUACAAUAAUGGCCAAUCUUUUUGCUAUGAGAUCCAAUAGUGAGCCUAUUAAAAGUGAGGAUGCUUGUGGUUCGGAUUUUAAAGACAUGCAAUUAGUUGGAUCCAACGACUUAUGGCAAACAGACUACUUAAACGGUUGUGGCAACGAAAUGUACACUGAAUACUUAUCACGAUCUUUCACGGGAAUGACCUUUCCAGAGGUCACACGAUUAUGUUUCGAUAAAUUAAGACUACUACUGGUAGCAGUGGAAACCAAUGUGGACUCAGAAACCAGCACAAUCGCCAUCAAUCCAGGACCCCACGUGAAGAUUCAAGAACAAACCCUGGGGUUCUUCAUUGCUGACUCAGCACUAGAGGUUAAAAGAGCAUUUUUUUACUGUCGAUCUUGCCAUGGGGACAUCCGAGAAGUUGCUCAAAUCAAGCAAUGCAGCUGUGACAAUGCCAACAAACGGCGCCGUAACACUUACCAUCGACGAAUUUUCUCAAGAGCCAGCAUUAGAACUCCAGUGAAGGGACUGAAAUAUACAAAUCAAAGUGAGAUUGGCGAAUCGAUACAAUUAGAAGAAAACGGGAAUUCAUCUGUCAUGCAUGACACAGGGCCAUACGAGAGCCGUAUGGGAAGACGUAGAAACCGCAGAGCUCCCAUAGAAGUAGAUAAAAAAGGGCGUUUAUAUAAAGCUAAUAAAUCUCACAACUGUGGUGCUGCUAAGAAAAGAUAUAAGUACGGAACGGUACCAAAUCUUCCAAUGGAGGUUAGCUUCUUGGCCGCAUCAGGUACUUUGACAUUUCCUGACCUCAAAACAAAUGGAAUGUCUCAUCAUCAAUCAAGGAAUAAAAUUCGUAACCGCAGUGGUUUUGCAGUUAAGGCAGGGGUUUUGGUAGCCCACAAAUUGAGUAAUACUUCUGAAAUAAGUAAUGGUUCGAGUCCAGGCAGUAAGGGCCAGGAUACAAGCUCAGAAAAUGAUGAAAUCUUAUUGGAUACCACAGGAAUGUUUCACUGGACACCAAGUAGACCAAUCCACAGUACAGUGCUUAAACGUGACGAAGCUGCAAAAGAUCCAUCUCUCAAUGGGCACGUUGUUGUCUGUCUGUUUGGUGAUAAAGAUACACCAAAAGUUGGUCUACGGAAUUUUGUAAUGCCACUUCGAGCCAGCAAUUUCCAUUACCAUGAACUUAAACCAAUCGUGUUCAUUGGCAAUCUAGAGUUCAUAUCACAUGAAUGGGAUAUGCUAAAGAAUUUCCCAAAAGUGUAUAUAUUGAAUGGAUCACCAUUGAACCGUGCUGAUCUCCGUGCCGUUAAUGUUCAUCUAUGCGACAUGUGCGUGAUUCUGUCAACAAACAAUUUCAGCGUGGAGGACCAGUCACUCCAGGAUAAGGAGACAAUUCUAGCCUCGCUCAAUAUAAAAGCAAUGACAUUUGAUGACACAGUGGGUCUCCUGCAAGAUAAAACACCAGGUGAAGUCUCAAAUCCCCACACUUCAGCUCCAACCUUCCGGCGUAUACCGAUAGCCGAGGAGGAGAUUGAUGAUGGGGAGGCUGUUUGCGAUGAGACAGUUUGGCUUCGCAUAUCUGAGCAUGCUGCUUGCCCCCCUUCUGGUAGCCCUCAUGAUACCUCUCAUACGUUUCACUCUUCUAUUAAUGGUAACAAUGAUGAGUUUAUGCCUUCCAUAUUGCCACCCAUCCUCAGUAGCCCAGUCCAACCACAGUUUCCCAAAGUGGAACGCUGUGGAUCAAUGGUUGGUGCGAAUGUCCCUAUGAUCACAGAGCUCGUGAACGAUAACAAUGUUCAGUUUUUGGACCAAGACGAUGACGAUGAUCCUGAUACGGAACUAUACAUGACCCAACCUUAUGCUUGUGGAACAGCCUUUGCAGUCAGUGUAUUAGAUUCCCUAAUGAGCGCGACAUAUUUUAAUGACAAUGCUCUAACCCUUAUCCGUACCUUAAUCACUGGUGGUGCUACCCCUGAACUUGAACAGAUUCUGGCAGAGGGCCGAGGCAUGCUUGGUGGACCAGCUUCACCCGAGACAAUAGCCAAUCGUGACCGGUGUAGAGUGGCCCAGUUACCUCUGUAUGAAGGAUCCUUUGCAACCUAUGCUGAUGGAGGUAUGUAUGGAGAUUUAUUUGAUGAUGCAAUCAAGAACUAUGGAAUGCUAUGCUUUGGACUAUAUCGUUUUCGCGAUAGUGCGCCCAGCACCGAAACACCAUCAGCAAAACGAUAUGUGAUAACAAAUCCGCCUUAUGAGUUUGUACUAAAAUCCACAGACUUGGUGUUCUGCUUGGUUCAUUUUGAUGGGGGUAGUCAGCAGAAAACAAAGAAAAAAAAGAAGAGGAGUAAGAGACACAAGGAUGGGGAAAAACCCCCUUCCCAAGAGGUCAAAUACCACCACCAGCAUUCGCUGAAUCCAAUGGUAUAAACAUGGAAGAUCUACAGUUUGGCAAAAAGUCACCCUGUCUUUAAUACCAUCAUCAGUAUUCUCUGAAUCCAGUGGUAUAAACAUGGAAGAUUUACAGACUUUAUUGAGUAACAAUGAAUGCAUGAUUAAUAUUAAUUAAUCACUCUACUAGAUAAUUAAGAGAAAUUUAAUGAACUCUCUUUUUCAUGCAAUUUGGCAACAAAUAGUUUUACUUGAUGGAAAUGUUAUACCGAUUAAGUGGUAGUUGUCGUUCUCAUUUCAGUACUAAUUAAAUGGUAUUAGCACAGUUUAUUUUAAGCAUUAUUUCUUCGUUUAAUUUAAUUUAAUUAUUGCAUUCCUGAAUGUCUAAGGUAAAUCUUUUUGGCAAUGACUAAAUGUUGAAAAUAUUAUGCAAAGAAAGUCUCAAUUGAAUUCUUUUAAAGGUAAUUUAUUAUUUCCUAGUACAGGAAGAAAAAUAAUUGUUGUAGAAUGCAACAUACAUUCAAGUCAGGUUGUGACGUUCAUUGACACAAUGUUUAUUAUGAAACACAAAUGUAAUUAACAUUAUAUUAUUAAACACAAAUGUAAUUAUCUAUACAUUUUAACUCAGCAGCAUGGAAUGAAGAGUUAAAGCCAUUCAGAAUAGUUGAUAGUAUUACUUAAGUAUUUGAAAUUGAAGGAAUUGCUCUUCCUGGAACUUUGGGAAAAUUUGCAGUCUAUCUUCUGCUUGGAUGCAUUAAUAGAAAUCGUUUUUGUGUUUGUGUGAAUUUAAUAACGAAAGUGAAAUCAAAUUAAUUUCAACAUUUUACUGAUUAUUUAUAUUAAGUUUCAUUUGAUAGUAUUUCUUCAGUUGUAUGUGGAACAAUAUCAACAAAAUUUUAACAAAUAUAUAUCAUUGUUUACCUGAUAUUUAGAGACAUAAGUGAUGACAAACCUAAAAUAUAUAGUCAAGUCAGAAACCAUUGUAACGAUAUAGCUUAGCUGAAUCUAGCAUUUAAACAUAAAGCAAUUAUAUUAUGCCUCUUCCUGCAAUGUAAUAUUGAAAAUACAUCUGUCAAAUUAUUAACUUUCAGAAAUGGGAAAUUGUGAAAGGAGUGAAAUCCACCUUUCUAACAAUGUGUUGCUGUCUUUAUUGAUAUAUUAUUUCAAUUAAACGGACCAAUUGAGGUUUAUUUUUCGUAAUCACUUUUUUUGUAAUUUGAGUUUGGCUACUGCACAAGCGUACUUGAAACAUCGGGGCCUUGGUUUGUCAAAGUAAGUGCUAAGAACAGUGUCUUAAUUUAAAAGAAAAUAUUUCAAACAAAUUUUAUUAUUAUAAUUUACAUUGUGCAAAUAUUUUACUAGAGUUUGUCUUGUGUUGAAUAUAUCAUUGUAAAUGAAUGUUUAUUAAUUAUGUCAGCAUUUGAGAACAAAAUAAUAUUUAUGUAUAAACUUAGUAAAUUUUAGAAAUAAUAAAAUUUAGUUUAAUUUCUAUUGAUGUGCAUGAAGGUGACCUUAUGUUGGCUGGCAUAGUUAUCAGACAAUUUACUACAACUACACAUUGUUAAGA